AUGGUGUUUGGAUUUCAAAUAAGUUUUGCCAGAGUUGGUUCAACAGUGAAUUUCAUAGUUAUGGAACCAUUAUAUCGAUAUAUAAAAAAUCAAAUAAAUGUCCCUAACUAUCAAAGUUUAUCAAUUGCUUUGUUAGUUGCAAGUUUAACCUGUGUCUUAUCAUUGGUAAGUGCCUUAUUACUUGCUUGGCAAGAUAAAAGAGCCGAAAAACUACUACAUCGAAAAACACCUGAUGCAACUGAAGUCGUAAAAAUGUCUGAUGUACGAUACUUUCCAAAAGUCUUUUGGCUAGUUACAUUCAUUAUUGUUUUCUACUAUACAUCAAUUUUUCCAUUUGUUGCAUUAGGAAAAGUAUUCUUUGAAAAAAAGUAUAACUUCUCACCCGAUUCAGCCAAUUUGAUCAAUGGCAUUAUUUACAUCAUAUCAUCUAUAUGUGCACCAGGACUUGGUUUAGUCAUUGAUAAAACUGGAAGAAACCUAUUUUGGGUAUUCUUAUCAAUUCUUGGUACCUUAGUUUCACAUAUGUUCUUGGCAUUUACAUUUGUAAACCCCUAUAUUGCCAUGUUCACAAUGGGAUUGUCUUACUCAAUGUUGGCAAGUGCAUUAUGGCCUCUGAUUGCAAUGGUUAUUCCUGAACAUCAAAUGGGAACAGCAUAUGGCAUAGCACAAUCCGUUGAAAAUCUUGGUCUUGCUGUUGUUGCUUUGUUAAGCGGUAUAAUAGUAGAUUCAGAUGGUUACUAUAUGGUGGAAUUAUUUUUCUGUCUUUUAUUAUCUGCUGCUUUGUUGCUGACGGCUAUUUUGUGGACAUGGGAUUCAAUGAGUAAUGGAAUAUUAAAUAUGAGUAUUAAACAAAGAAAUCAACUUGAAUCAAACAAAACUCCUUCUCCGGAAAAACAAAAUCUUUUACACAAUAAUGACACCUAUACCGAAGACUAA